UACACGCAGAAAUAUUUGUGUUUUCCUUGUGGGCAGGGACCUCACUGUGGAUUUUAACACUGGGCGAAGUUGUCGGAUUUAGGCGUCUUUUUUUCUUCUUCUUCCACCACACCCUCGGGUUUGUAAUCUGCGGAUUAUUUUUGCCAAGUCCCGUCGUGUGGAUUUACGAUUGGUUGCUUUUUUUUUUUUUUUUUUUUUUUUUACUCGUCUAUCCUCUUUUCGCUUCAAUUUUAACAUGUCGCCGCUCUCUCCUGUCGAGUGAGUUCGCUUCUUCCUGACGGUGUCUGUGGUCGAGUGUCCAGUUGCUCACUGAGCGUUAUUUUCCCCAUUAUGUGUCAUCUACAGCUGAGGACAUUGAUUUUUGUGGCCUGGGUGCUGGGUUACGUCGUCUUUCUGCACUCCAUCAGGAUGAUAUGGACGGCUAAGUACGCGCGAGGUCCACUGACACGCUCACUUUUAGUGAACAUGGUGAGCGAAGGGGAAGGAACAGCGAUGGAGACACAGGAGUGGUACAAAUGCUCCCCUGAUCUGCUUGGGGAGUCUCUGCGACCUCUGUUUGUUCAGAGUCAUCUGGAUUCAGGCACCAAAGCUUUCCUCAAGCAAAGCAUUGAGAAGUCUAACUGGUUGUUCACACAACUCUAUCACUCUUUUGUAUCAAAUGUCCUUACCCCUCUGGUGUCACGCACCUCCAUCAAUGGCACACUUUUCUACUCGCGUACUCUCCUGCUUAGGUUUCUGGGUCGUGGAUCCAUGUUUGUGUUUUCCGUGGAGCAAUUCCAGAAACUUCUCAAUGUCGGACCAGACUGGAAGGCAGAGACACUUCUGGACCUUGGAGCCGGUGACGGUGCUGUCACAGAAAUUAUGAGGGGCCAUUUCAAAGAGAUCUAUGCUACUGAGGUCUCGCCACCCAUGAAAUGGCAUCUCCAAAGGAGGAAUUUCAAAUUGAUGGGGAUCGACGAGUGGCAGCACAGUGGCCUCCAGUAUGAUGUGAUCAGUUGUCUCAAUCUGCUGGACCGCUGCGAGGAUCCCCUACAUCUCCUGCGGGACAUCCGGCGAUCGCUCGUUCCCCACACGGGACGGCUCGUUCUGGCUGCUGUUCUUCCCUUCCAACCCUACAUAGAAGUUGGUGGAAGAUGGCUGCGUCCCCAAGAACACCUAAAAGUACAAGGGAAGACAUGGGAGGAGCAAGUAACUAAUCUGUCACAUGACGUCUUCCGAAAGUCGGGAUUUGAGGUAGAGACUGUGACCCGCUUGCCAUAUCUCUGUGAAGGGGACAUGUACAACGAUUACUACGUUCUCGAUGAUGCAGUUUUUGUUCUUAAGGCCUCAGAUGUGACUGAAGAGUCCAGUCAAUGAAGAAUGAAGCUUGGUGUCAGGCUGCACCUAUUUUGCCAAAAUGAACUCUGAAAGUGUGUGUUGGAAGCAAAGGACAGAAUGGAUUUUUUUUUCUUCGCAAAAAAAAAAAAAGGUGGGAAGCUCAGGUUUUACGUUUACCAAACAUUCUGUGUGACAGUGAUACCUCAUCAUUUAAAAAAAAAAAAAAAGUCACUAUUCCCUUACCCAAAAGAGGAUGUACUGUAUAGGGAUGGUAAGAGCUACAUAUCGCGAUACUGCAUUAAAUAUUUUUGCGUGCAAAGUAUUAAGUCAGUAGGUUCUAUUUCCACGUCAAUGUAAAAAAAUCAUAUCUAAAUUAUUUAUGUACCUGAUUAAAAUGACUGAUUCAUUGAUUUUAUACCGUAUUUACAUGCUAGUGACAGAUUAAGGUUCCCUAAAACGAGACCAGAAAAACUUUUUUUUUU